CUCCAGUACGUGUAUCGUCUUCGUGAACAGAAGAUAGUCCCACUCGUUGCGUUUCGUGCUCUUCUAUUAUAUUUCCUUUGUUUUCUUUAAAAUGUUCUUUCAAAAAAAUCAUUUUCUUUUUUCUCAUUAGAAUUUUUCCACAUAUAUAUAUAUAUAUAUAUAUAUAUAUAUAUAUGUGUGUGUGUGUGUAUAUAUGUAUAUCUGUGAAAAAACAAAAUCUGUUUUAUUUCCAAUAGUUUUAUUUUAUUCGUUAAAGGAAAAUAGAAGGAGAGAGAAAAAAGAUAUUGCCUUAUCACCUUGAAUUUUGAUCUCCUCUCUCUUUUUUCUACACAUUCAUCGUUCACUUUGUUAAUCCUCAUAACAGAGAAGCAUUUAUUUUCCAAGUAAAUUGCUUGACGAAUAGGCUUACGUUUCGUAAGUACGCCGCGGGAUACGAACUUCGGACAUUAGAGAUAUUUCGGCCCUGUCAGUCGAGAGGGCGAAGUUGAACCACAAGCCCGUUGUUUUCCUUCGUACGAUAGUUUUUAAAGGAAUUCAACGAAAUUUAACGAUUAUUAUCAUCGUGUCUCAAUCGAUCGAUAAUCAAACCGAGAGAAAAAGAAAGAAAGGAUUGCGCAAGCGAGACGACAAUCUCACGAGAAGAUAACUCAAUGUACCGGAUGAUCACGAGAGGACGAUGAUAGGAUGUCGUGUCUUCAGGGCAAUAAUAUUUAUUCUCGUUAUUUGGAAUUCAAUCCUAAAUGCAGAGAAAACCAACGAAGAAGUUUCGUUAGAAUAUGGCAACUCGAAGUAUCUUCAAUCACAGAAGUAUAUGUACUCUUGGACAGGACCUAAUGCAUUAGCGAGAUCCGCUUUGUUGGAGCGUCAAGAAAGAUUACAGUAUAAUUGCGAGGAGAUUUUUAGACAUAAUAAUGUUGAAAACGGAACGUUAAGUCCUGAAUCCUUUAGAAACAUCCUCGUGGACGAACAACACGAGUUGCUUUAUUGUUAUGUACCAAAGGUUGCCUGUACAAACUGGAAACGCGUUUUAAUGAUCGCCACAGGAAAGUGGUCUGGAAAUGAUCCUUUAGAAAUACCGGCUGAUCAGGCUCACUCGCCAGGAAUAUUUUUAAGAUUAAGUAAUUACACUGCUUCGGAAAUUGAGAAAAAAUUAACAUCCUACGACAAACUCAUAGUCGUUCGACAUCCAUUUGAAAGGCUACUAUCAGCUUAUAGGAAUAAACUGGAAGCGAAGCAUGAAAGGAGCUCGAGAUAUUUUCAAACACGUUUUGGAAAGAAAAUUAUAAAGAAGUACAGAGUGAAUGCUACGCAAGAAUCAUUGAAAAAUGGCGACGAUGUUACGUUCAGAGAGUUUGUAGAAUUUAUUACCAAUGAUACUGAAAAUGGUACGAGGAACGAGCAUUGGAGACCUAUAUAUGAAUUAUGUCAGCCGUGCGUAGUUAAUUACAAUCUUGUUAGUAAGUAUGAAACCUUGGUGGAAGACGCUACAGAAGUGUUGGAAAGAAUGAAUGUCGUCACCGUCAAUUUCCCAUCAAAACCACAGAGUACCGAGCCAACGUCCAAGAAAUUGGAUAGAUAUUAUUCGACUUUAAGUUAUAAACAAUUGAGAAAGUUGGAGGAUUUGUACAAAUUAGAUAUGAAAUUGUUCGAUUAUUCACUGGAGGACGUUUUAGGAUUUUCUUUAGCUUAAAUUUAUAGUGAGAGAAUUAACGUGUACAGAGAACUGAGAUUCGAUGAAUUAAAAGAGAUUCAGAUUCUGUAUCUUUCUUUCUUUUUUUUUAUUUUUAUUUAUUUAUAUUAGAACGAUAUAAAAUAAUAGACUAGUUUAUCUAUUAAGAAUUUCUGUCAAGUCACUACGUUAUAACGAUUUUAAUUCUACGCUGAUCAUUGUCAACAACUUUAUAAUUUGAAAUGAGAUAUAUCCGUCGAUAUUUUUUUGUUCGAUGAUAGAACGAAGAAAUUCGAUCGAAUUGACUUUGUAUACCUUAUAUUCAAUUUGAUUUUUCACGAUUUUUAUGUAACGAAUUGUAAGCGUAAACUCGAUUAGAACUGAAUUUUAUAAUUAAAAUUGAAAAGUAUUUGAAUGUCAAAUUGAUAUAUUUCAUUUGUAUGUGAUUACAUUUUUCUUAUUUUUUUUCUUUUUUUUUUUUCUUUUUAUAUAAUAUUUAAUUCAAAUAAUUACAUUGAUUUGGAUAAAUUAUAAUUUUCAAGAAUGUCAACGUUCAUAUUAUAUUUUUUUUAGAUAUUUUAUAUAAUAACAUAUUAAUAAGAAUUAUGCAUUAGGUAUUUGUUGAGAUUGAAAGGAAACAAACGAUGCAAAAAAGAAGAAUAAUGACUUUUUUUUAAUAUGAAACUAAUAAGUUAUCGAAUAAGGUGGUUUUACGAAAGUCAUGGAAAAAAUUAAACAACAAAAAAGAAAGGAACAAAAUAAUAACAUAUUUGCGUAACAGUUUGAUCGAGUUUUGAAACGUAUCUGUCGAAAACAUUGUUCAUCGAAGUCGAUGUUUGGUUAGCGUGCUAAAUUUAAAUUAGGAUUCGAAGAUGACGAACGAGAUGGGAUUUUAUACCGACUAACUUUGGAUAAAGAGUCGAAGAACCUUAGUCUAAUCAUAAAGGAAAACUUACAAGUACGUGCGAGAACGAAAAUAACUUUCCAUCCAUCAAUCAAUUUGAAGGACUUUCGAAGAACGAGAGUUUAUUGCUACGUCAAUGAUAACGAAUGCAUAAAAAAGCAAUUGGGAUGAAUUUAUGAGCAAUGAAAACAGCAACAAAUAGAUUUAAAAGUAUUUAGAUUAUUUCUCACGUGAUAACAACAGUCCUAUACGCGCUGUUACAUUUAAGUGCAAAUUAAUAUUUUAUACGAAAGGUAAUGCAUUUUUAAUGAUGCAUUAAUUAAAUCAUGUAUUUUCAUAUGAAUUAUUAACAAAAAGAUUAGAAAAAUCUUCGUUAACGAGGAAGGAGAUCGUACGAUGAAACUCUUUGAUAAAUCGAUAAUCGAAGAAAAAAAAAAAUCUUCCAACGAGUAAGGAUCGAUUUAUUGAUUUAUUUGUUUGUUAUAAGGUCAGUAGAAAUUGUUAAGACGUAGAACUGUGCUCUAUGUGCCACACCUUCGCGAUUAUGCGAAUUUCCUACUUAUAUAUGAUAUAAAAAGCUCAGCAUCAAAAAAAAAAAAAAAAAAAAAAGAAGAAAAACAGAAAAAAAAAAAAAUAAUAAUAAAAUAUUCCGUUCCUUGAAAUAUGUUAAUUCUUUCGAAGACCUUCCGAAAACUAGAAACAGCGGGUUCCAGUUUUCUUCUAGAUUUUUUAUUUCAUGGCAAGAAGGAAAAAUUGUUUUAUAUAAAAAAAUCGAGGAUUAAAGAAAGAAAGAAAAAAGAGUAAAGAAACAAAAUAAGAAAAAAGAUUGAGACGAGAAUAUUUAUGAAAAUUUUCUUUGAUCAAAUACUAUCGUCAUCUUUCUCGUCUUUCCCCCACUCCUCGCCUCUCCCUUCUAUCGUCACGUGUAAAUCAAUCUGGCGCCACACGUGAGACGACUUCUUGUGUCUCGUUGAAAAAAAAAGAAGAAGAAAAAAAAAAAGAAAAAAAAAGAAAAUAAAAAGAAAAAAAAAAGAAAGGAAGAA